AUGAGCUGCCAACUCACUCUGACAUGGUCCCUCCUGUUUGGUUCAUUGACUCCCAUGGGAUCUCUGAAUGCCAUUUCAUGGGAGGUGCAGCGAUUUGAUGGAUGGUACAACAACCUCAAGGAGCACAGAUGGGGCAUCAAAGGAUCUAGGCUGCAGCGCCUGGUUCCAGCCAGCUAUGCAGAUGGCGUGUACCAACCCUUGGGAGAACCUCACCUUCCCAACUCCAGAGACAUCAGCAACACUGCCAUGAGGGGCCCUGCUGGGCAGGCUUCACUGCAAAACCGCACAGUGCUGGGAGUCUUCUUUGGAUAUCACGUCCUCUCAGACCUGGUGAGUGUGGACAGACCUGGCUGCCCUGCUGAGUUCCUCAACAUCCGCAUCCCGCCCGGAGACCCCGUGUUCGAUCCCAACAAGCGCGGGGACGUGGUGCUGCCUUUCCAGAGGAGCCGCUGGGACCCUGAGACCGGACAGAGCCCCAGCCACCCCCGGGACCUGAUCAACGAGGUGACCGGCUGGCUGGAUGGUAGCUCCAUCUAUGGUUCCUCACACUCCUGGAGUGACGCGCUGCGGAGCUUCUCUGGGGGACAGUUGGCGUCUGGGCGGGACCCCGCCUUCCCUCAGGACGCACAGGAACCCAAAAUGAUGUGGAAUGCUCCCGACCCCGCCACGGGCCAGCGCGGUCCCCAGGGGCUGUAUGCCUUCGGAGCGGAGCAAGGAAACCGUGAGCCCUUCCUGCAGGCGCUGGGGCUGCUGUGGUUCCGCUACCACAACGUGUGGGCGCAGAGGCUGGCCAAGGAGCACCCGCACUGGGGGGACGAGGAGCUGUUCCAGCACGCGCGCAAGAGGGUCAUCGCCACCUACCAGAACAUUGCUUUCUAUGAGUGGCUGCCCACCUUCCUGCAGAAGAUGCCCCCAGAGUAUGCAGGGUACCAGCCAUUUCUGGACCCCAGCAUCUCGCCGGAGUUUCUGGCAGCCUCUGAACAGUUCUUCUCCACCAUGGUGCCCCCUGGCGUCUACAUGAGAAAUGCCAGCUGCCACUUCCAGAAGGUCCUCAACCAGGAUUCAAGUAUCUCUGGAGCUUUCCGAGUCUGCAACAGCUACUGGAACCGAGAGCAUCCCAACCUACAAAGUGCUGAAAAUGUGGAUGCACUGCUGCUGGGCAUGGCCUCCCAGAUUGCAGAGCGAGAGGACCAUGUGGUGGUUGAAGACCUGCGAGAUUUCUGGCCUGGACCACUGAAGUUUUCCCGUACAGACUACUUAGCUAGCUGCCUGCAGCGUGGCCGGGAUCUGGGUCUACCUUCCUAUACUAAGGCCAGGGCAGCACUGGGGCUACCUCCCAUUACCCAAUGGCAGGACAUCAACCCUACACUCUUCCAGAGCAAUCGCAAUGUGCUGGAGGCCACAGCUGCCCUCUACAACCAGGACAUCUCCCGGCUGGAGCUGCUCCCUGGGGGGCUCCUGGAAAGCCAUGGUAACCCGGGACCCCUCUUCACAGCCAUUGUCUUUGAUCAGUUUGUGCGACUGCGAGAUGCUGACCGCUACUGGUUUGAGAACACAGGGAAUGGGCUGUUUUCAAAGGAAGAGAUUGCAGAGAUCAGAAAUACUUCCCUAAGGGACAUCCUAGUGGCCGUCACCAAGAUGAAUCCCAGUGCUGUGCAGCCCAAUGUCUUUAUCUGGCAUGCAGGAGACCCUUGUCCUCAGCCAAGACAGCUCAGCACUGAAGGCCUGCCAGCCUGUGUGCCUCCUGUUGUUCGAGACUACUUUCAAGGCAGAGGCUUUGGUUUCGGAGUCACCAUCGGGAUUCUCUGCUGCUUCCCACUGGUUAGCCUGCUCAGUGCCUGGAUUGUUGCCCGGCUCCGGAGCAGAAGUUUCAAGAGGCUCCAGGGCCAAGACCGCCAGAGCAUCAUGUCUGAGAAGCUCAUAGAGGGUGUGAGAGUUCUGGAAUGGCAAGGUCGGAAGGAGCCCUGCCGCCCUGUGCUUGUGCACCUGCAGCCAGGCCAGAUCCGGGUGGUAGAUGGCAGGCUCUCCGUACUCCGUACUGUUCAGCUGCGGCCACCACAGCAGGUCAACCUCAUCCUGUCCAGCAACCACGGACGACGUACUCUGCUGCUGAAGAUCCCCAAGGAGUAUGACCUGGUGUUGCUGUUUAACGUAGAGGAGGAGCGGCAGGCGCUAGUGGACACCCUUCGGGUGAUUCUGAAGGAGAGUGGGCUGCACUUCCAGGAGUGGGAGCUUCGGGAGCAGGAGCUCAUGAGGGCAGCUGUAACCCGGGAGCAGCGGAGCCACCUCCUGGAGACCUUUUUCAGGCACCUCUUCUCCCAGGUGCUGGACAUUAACCAGGCAGAUGCUGGGACUUUGCCCCUGGACUCCUCACAGAAGGUUCGAGAGGCCCUGACAUGUGAGCUGAGCAGAGCUGAGUUUGCCGAGUCUCUUGGCCUCAAGCCACAGGACAUGUUUGUGGAGUCCAUGUUCUCUCUGGCCGACAAGGAUGGCAACGGCUACCUGUCCUUCCGGGAGUUCCUGGACAUCCUGGUGGUCUUCAUGAAAGGCUCCCCUGAAGAGAAGUCUCGCCUUAUGUUUCGCAUGUACGACUUUGAUGGGAAUGGCCUUAUUUCCAAGGAUGAGUUUAUUAGGAUGCUAAGGUCCUUCAUUGAGAUCUCUAAUAACUGUCUGACCAAGGACCAGCUGGCCGAGGUGGUGGAGUCCAUGUUCCGGGAGUCAGGCUUCCAGGACAAGGAGGAGCUGACAUGGGAAGACUUCCACUUCAUGCUGCGGGACCACGACAGCGAGCUCCGCUUCACACAACUCUGCGUCAAAGGGGUGGAGGUGCCUGAAGUAAUUAAGGAUUUCUGCCGGCGUGCCUCCUACAUCAGCCAGGAGAAGCUCUGUCCUUCUCCCAGAGUGAGUGCCCGCUGUUCCCACAACAACCUGGAGGCCGAGGCAACACUACAAAGACUGCAGUGCCCCAUGGACACAGACUCUCCCCAGGAGAUUCGACGGAGGUUUGGCAAGAAGGUAACGUCGUUCCAGCCACUGCUGUUCACCGAGGCGCACCGAGAGAAGUUUCAGCGCAGUCGCCGCCACCAGACUGUGCAGCAGUUUAAACGCUUCAUUGAGAACUACCGGCGCCACAUUGGCUGUGCGGCGGUGUUUUACGGCGUCGCCGGGGGGCUGUUCCUGGAGCGGGCCUACCACUAUGGCUUUGCUGCUCACCACAAGGGCAUCACAGACACCACACGCGUGGGCAUCAUCCUGUCUCGGGGAACGGCGGCCAGCAUCUCCUUCAUGUUCUCCUACAUCCUACUCACCAUGUGCCGCAACCUCAUCACCUUCCUGCGGGAGACCUUCCUCAACCGCUACAUCCCCUUCGAUGCUGCUGUGGACUUCCAUCGUCUCAUUGCCUCCACUGCCAUCGUCCUCACAGUCUUACACAGUGCUGGCCACGUGGUGAAUGUGUACCUGUUCUCCAUCAGCCCUCUCAGUGUCCUGUCCUGCCUCUUCCCUGGUCUCUUCCACAAUGAUGGAUCUGAGUUCCCCCAGAAGUAUUACUGGUGGUUCUUCCAGACUGUGCCAGGCCUCACGGGAGUUAUGCUGCUCCUGGUGCUGGCCAUCAUGUAUGUGUUCGCCUCCCACCACUUCCGCCGCCGCAGCUUCCGGGGCUUCUGGCUGACCCACCACCUCUACAUCCUGCUCUACAUCCUGCUCAUCAUCCAUGGCAGCUUCGCCCUGAUUCAGAUGCCCCGUUUCCAUCUCUUCUUCCUCGCCCCGGCACUCAUCUAUGGGGCAGACAAGCUGGUGAGCCUGAGCCGGAAGAAAGUGGAGAUCAGUGUGGUGAAGGCUGAGUUGCUGCCCUCAGGAGUGACCCACUUGCAGUUUCAGCGACCUCAAGGUUUUGAGUACAAGUCAGGGCAGUGGGUGCGGAUCGCCUGCCUGGCCCUCGGGACCACCGAGUACCACCCCUUUACACUCACCUCUGCACCCCAUGAGGACACGCUCAGCCUGCACAUCCGAGCAGCAGGGCCCUGGACUACCCGCCUCAGGGAGAUCUACGCAUCCCCAAUGGGUGAUGGCAGCGCCAGAUACCCAAAGCUAUACCUCGAUGGACCAUUUGGAGAAGGCCAUCAAGAGUGGCAUAAGUUUGAGGUGUCAGUACUGGUGGGAGGGGGCAUUGGGGUCACCCCCUUUGCCUCCAUCCUCAAAGACCUGGUCUUCAAGUCAUCUGUCAGCUGCCAAGUGUUCUGUAAGAAGAUCUACUUCAUCUGGGUGACACGGACCCAGCGGCAGUUCGAGUGGCUGGCUGACAUCAUCCGGGAGGUGGAGGAGAAUGAUCGGCAGGACCUGGUAUCAGUGCACAUCUACAUCACCCAGCUGGCGGAGAAGUUCGACCUCAGGACCACCAUGCUGUACAUCUGUGAGCGGCACUUCCAGAAGGUCCUGAACCGGAGCCUGUUCACUGGUCUCCGCUCUGUCACCCACUUUGGCCGUCCGCCCUUCGAGCCCUUCUUCAACUCACUACAGGAAGUCCACCCACAGGUUCAGAAGAUUGGGGUGUUUAGCUGUGGCCCCCCAGGCAUGACUAAGAAUGUGGAAAAAGCCUGUCAGCUCAUCAAUAAGCAGGACCGGACUCAUUUCUCCCAUCACUAUGAGAACUUCUAG